CCAAUCUCUCAUCCAAAAUUUUCAGACACCAUUUCUUUUGCCACAAUCUCUCUUCCUCUGAUGAGCGGCUUCCCUCUCUGUAAGUUUGAAGAAAACCCCAACGCUGUUAUCUAUAUCUCAAUCUUCAAAGGAACAGGGUAGCUGUAUAUGCAUAUAGUUAUAAUAUAUCGUACGUCUUUUAAAGUUUUGGAUUUGCUCAUCAAUCAGAUUUCUUAUUCUUUGUUAUGAAUUCCCUUAGUCUGCUUUGUCACUGGACAAUGAAACCCACUUGUAGAAUCCUAACUAGUUGUCGAAACUCGGCGCUUUUCGGGUUCCCACCUGCAAAAUGCUACCAUGGUUUAGCAAAGAAUGGAAAUUUGUCCAAUUUUUGCGUCAAUUUUGAGCAGAUAAGCCAAUUUCACACCAACCCUUUUCGUGUUUCGGCCUCUGGACACGUUUUCGAUGAUGCACUCAAAGCUUCUCAGGUUCCCAGUUGGAGUUUUGGCCAAUCUGGGGUUAUAUCUAGGUCUUAUAGUGUUGGCACAACUAGUAGGGGUGUUUCUGUGAUUGCUAGGCUUGCGUCCAAGUUUCGAAACCUUUCGACGUCGAUUGAGACUCGUGUGAAUGAGAACAAUUUUGAGAGGAUAUAUGUUCAGGGUGGUAUCAAUGUCAAACCUGUGACAGUGGAAAGAAUUGAUAAGGAUGAGAAUGUUGUGAGAGAGGAAGAGUCGAGGAUAGAAGUUAGUGAUGAAAAACAGAAUAUAAGUAAUCAGGAAGGUUUGGAUGAAGCUAAGGUUGUGAAUGCGCAGAGAGAGUAUUCAGAUAUUGAGAAGGACGCAUGGAAGCUAUUGAGGGAUUCGGUUGUGACGUAUUGUGGGACUCCUGUGGGGACUGUUGCAGCAAAUGAUCCCGGUGACAAGCAAACAUUGAAUUAUGAUCAGGUCUUUAUCCGUGAUUUUGUUCCGUCAGCGCUUGCAUUCUUGCUUAAGGGAGAAGGAGAGAUAGUGAAGAACUUCCUUCUUCAUACAUUGCAAUUGCAGAGUUGGGAGAAAACUGUUGAUUGCUAUAGCCCAGGGCAGGGAUUGAUGCCUGCAAGUUUUAAAGUUAGAACUGUGCCUCUCGAUGGGAAUAAAUACGAAGAAGUUUUAGAUCCCGAUUUUGGUGAAUCAGCUAUUGGCCGGGUUGCACCUGUGGAUUCUGGAUUAUGGUGGAUUAUUCUGUUGAGGGCUUAUGGAAAGAUAACUGGUGACUAUGCAUUACAGGAAAGGGUGGAUGUUCAAACAGGCUUGAAAAUGAUCCUGAACCUGUGCUUAACUGAUGGGUUUGAUAUGUUUCCUUCUCUUUUAGUCACAGAUGGCUCCUGCAUGAUAGACCGACGUAUGGGUAUCCAUGGUCAUCCCCUUGAGAUCCAAGCCUUAUUUUACUCAGCUCUUCGGUGCUCCCGUGAGAUGCUUGCUCUAAAUGAUGGAUCCAACAUUUUGGUAAGGGCAAUCAACAACAGACUCAGCGCGUUGUCAUUCCACAUCAGAGAAUAUUACUGGGUGGAUAUGAAAAAGAUAAAUGAGAUAUAUCGAUAUAAGACAGAAGAGUACUCUACAGAGGCCACCAACAAGUUCAAUAUCUACCCUGAACAAAUUCCUUUGUGGUUAAUGGACUGGAUUCCAGAGGAAGGCGGGUAUUUUAUUGGCAAUCUACAACCAGCUCACAUGGACUUUAGGUUUUUCACUCUUGGAAAUCUUUGGUCCAUUGUUUCAUCUUUGGGUACUCCAAAGCAAAAUGACUCUGUACUGAAUUUGAUAGAAGCCAAAUGGGAUGAUCUUGUGGGGCAUAUGCCACUUAAGAUAUGCUAUCCUGCCUUGGAAUUUGAAGAGUGGCGUAUAAUAACUGGCAGUGACCCGAAGAAUACCCCUUGGUCAUAUCAUAAUAGUGGAUCUUGGCCGACACUCCUGUGGCAGUUCACAUUGGCGUGCCUCAAGAUGGGCAGAAUUGAUCUAGCUCAAAAGGCAGCUGAUUUGGCUGAGAAGAGGCUUCGAUCAGACCGCUGGCCUGAAUACUACGAUACCAGAACGGGGAAGUUUAUCGGAAAGCAAUCGCGACUGUACCAAACAUGGACUAUUGCUGGGUACCUCACAACUAAAAUGCUGUUGGAGAAUCCGGAGAAGGCGGCCUUGUUAUUCUGGGACGAAGAUUAUGAACUUCUUGAGAUCUGUGUUUGUGCACUUAGCAAGAGCGGCCGCAAAAAAUGCUCCAGAGGCGCUGCUAAGUCUCAGAUUCUCAUAUAAUGAGACUCAUUCUUUCAAGGGCAAAUAUUUGGCAUUUGUACUGUACAGCAACAAGUUUAGGAUAGGGUACUAAAAAGUGGAUAGAGAACAGUCGUCGACUUCAAAGUGCAUUAUACAGUUUUCGUUUCUUAUAUUCUGAUAUUUGCAUUUGUUUUGCCAUCCGAUUAAUCAGUUGAGUUGAUCGGAAUGAGCAACUAAAAUGACCAGGUAUGGUGGGAAUAUUAAGGGUGCCGCAGGAAAGGUAAUCUGUCAUCUGUAUGUACUUGUAACAAUUACUACAUGUUUACAUUACUCCAUGUAUCUUUUAAUGUACUUGACACCGAAUAAUGUAUAAUUGAAUUAUAUUGUAUUAACAGAGUAAGAGUAUGAUUUUGACUCU